AUGGCUCGCGAUAUGGGAACAAUUCAAAUGCGACUUCCCUUUCGUCUGUUUGACUACUCCGAAUACUACGGCGAUGUAAUGAGGCCAGAAGAACUACGUCAACUUGCCAGCCAUGUUGUGAAAUCUUCUGGGUCUGGGGGCCAAUUGGAACCACUGGAUGACAUUUACCGUAAGGCAGCUCGUUCUUUGGCUAAUCUACCUGCAUCAAUCACAAGUCUCCUUCAUCAAUCAGUGGUCAUUCCCCAUAUCGAAGAGGUAGCUGCGGAACCACCAACAGCCGAAAUCGAACGUCCAAAGAUACCAAAUCGAUAUCAGAUGGAGGAGACUUACCGCAAGCUUACUUCGACCAGUUGUCAAUUCAUAGCACCACAGACACGUAUGCGUAUUGUGGACAAUAGUCAAUUCAGCAGUAUAGCCCCAGAACAAAAAAGGCAGGUGGCUAAAAAGGGAGGGAUAAAACAGACAGCACAUGAGGCACCUGUUACGUCGGACAGGGAUGAGGUGAAAGAUGUGAACACUUUCCUGCAAAUCGGCACCAGCGCUGCUUCCAAGAGAAAGCCAAUGGUGAUUCGAGUAUAUAAUCAGAGAAAUCGUGGAGUUAUUGGUGACAAGGUCCUGCUAGCUGUACAUGGGCUGAAGAAACGUGGUUGGAUUGUAGGAAGUCGAAUGCCUUCUCGCAACGGAUGGCCACGUUUUGAAUCGAAUAACGCGGUGUUAAUUGAUGAUGAUGGAAAUCCUCUGGGAUCGCGAAUCCUUGUCCCAAUCCCCUCUAAGUUGCGCUCAUUGCAGUCCACGACAGAUAUUACGAAAAUCCUGUCAAUUGCUACUACUUUCGUAUAG